AUGGCAACUAGCAGCAUCCAGGAAAGGGGUUCGACGUCAGGUGGACAGCAAAUGAUCCAACAAAUGGCCCAUCUCUCGAUGGAUGACCCAGCGUCUACGGAUACCGUGACCGCUCGUAGACGCGCGAACGCCCUCCGCCCCAUCUCCAAGCUUCCCCCGGAGCUCCUCGCUCGCAUCUUCUGCGCGUACGCUGCCCUGCCCAAGUUUAACGAGGCCCCGUCAGCGGCCGAAUUCUCGUUAAAGGACAAAGUCGUCGUCAGCUAUCGGCGUCAGAUAGGGACCGGAUGGUUGGACGUCGUUCAAGUCUGCCACGAGUGGCGCGAGACUGCGUUCGAGUGCCCUGCCCUGUGGUCGAGCGUGCCUUUUCCGCUCGAUUGGGGCCAGCACUGGGCGCGCCAGUUUUCUGCUCUUUCCGGAGCUAUGCCUAUCGACAUUGUCGUGGGCCGGGAGUCACACAGAAGGGGACGAAUGGGCACCUGGGUUGAGGACUUCGUCAAGGCUCACAAGUUUCGCCUUCGAGGACUGGCUGUCGGAUUCACUGUCAGUGAAAAGAAAUGGAUUCAGGAGGUCGUCGAUAUCGACGCCCCCGUUCUGACACACGUCGACGUUUUCUAUGCAUACUCUUGGCCUGGCGAUCAUGCCAAAUAUAUACACGGUGGACCCUUCUCGGCGCCUGAGCUUCGCGACCUCGUAGUCUUCAGAGUGUCUCCCGACCUCUCCAUGGCGUCGUGGCCGAACCUCAGGAACUUGCAGCUCGUCGAUAUCCCCUUCGACGCCUCUCAACUUCAAUCCGCCCUGGCUACAACCCCUCUAUUAGAACGCCUCUUGAUCCGCCAGCUUCGGCAUUCCUACUCGAUUCCGGCACCAUCACCUAGUUCGACAAUUCAUCUCGAUCACCUAGAACGCAUAGAUGUGACCGGCGAUUCCGACGGUGUCAUGGCCGUCUGGGGAACACUUGUCGUUCCGUCUUUGGCCGUGGUCCGGCUCUCGUUUGAGCAGCCAACGCGUGACGAGCUCCGUAUCGACGGCCGCGAGGAGAGCCUGACCACUAUUCUAUCUGCGACGCGCCAGCAUAUGGAUCGCUUGGCAUAUCCUCUCCCAGGUCUUUCUCUGGAGGUCUCCCGAGAUGCCCUCAUCAUCGCCGCCUACCCUGAACCCGAGGGGGGUACGCUACCAUUCAAGGACGAUGCGCGUGUCAUUGAAGUGCAAGAUAAACAGAGUUCUAGCCGGCCUUACGAUUUCGUCGCCGUCAUACGUGCAAUGCCCAUGCACACCUGCAGACUUUUGGAACUCUCCGCGAUGAUCCAUUGGUUCUACUGGGCUGAUGUCCUAGAAGAGACUGCGCACAUCGAGGUGCUUUGCUUGUCCGCCUGCGGCCCGGAAACGACCGAGAACUUGGCAAAGGCAGCCUUGUACUCCACGCGCAAGAACGGCCCUACGCUGUUUCCUCGUCUCCAUACAUUGCACCUAUACAGUGUCUUCUAUGACUCCGAUGACCCUCAACCGGACGUCGUCCCUCCGGCGUUGCUUGCGUUGCGCAAGUGGCUUGAGCGACGAGAUCACUGCGGCGUGCGGAAGCUAAGGAUUCAGGAAUGCAGCGUAUUUGCCGAAUGGGUGGAUAUAUUCCGACAAAUUGAUGGUCUGGUUGUCGAAUGGGAUGGAGAUGUACGGUUCUGCAGGGGACCUAAUCCUAGUGCUAUCCCGUAG